GAAAAAAUAGAAAACAAAAACAAAAAAAAACAAAAAAAAGGCCGGGAAAAAAUAUAAAAACACAUAUAUCAAGAAAAAAAUUGAAAAAAAUUUAAAAAAGUUAUUCAACAAAAAAUUCAAAAACAAAAAGAAAACUUAAAGAGGAAAUUAAAAUUAGAAAAAAAGAAGAGGGGACUCAAGAAGGGGUAGGGGGGAAGGUCACAAAUCCUCCUCUAUAAAUAUGAUGAUAUUGGAUAGAGGAGGGGAUCCAUUCUUUCUCUCACUAAAAACUAGUACACUCUUGAGACAGAGAUCAGCUUUGCCAAGAUCAGAAAUCUCGUUCCGAAGGCAAGGCUCGUCGGGCCUGGUUUGGGACGACAAGCUCCUCUCCGGUGACCCGAAGGCCGAAACCUCCGCAAACCCCGCCGGCGGCGGCUAUCUCCGACGCAGUCGGUCUUCCGGCAGUCGCGGCUUCCGGUCAUCAGCUGAUCUCAAGCCGUCGUGUGAUCCUCCUUCUCCAAAGGUCUCCGGGUGUUGCAUCUGUUGUGGCGUGUUUGGCAGGAAGCCUGGAGAUCCUAAAAUGCCCAGAAAAUCUGCAAAUCGUCACGUAUAAUAAGCUCGGGCGCCUAUUUUAUUGCUAGCUAUUUAUCUAUAGGUAAUCAAAUUGAUCGUAAGUU